GGAAAGCUCAGACAGAAGGUGGAUCAGCUCGGACAUCGCUACUUAUUUUAGUGUCCAUCUUCUUAUCAGCUGCUUUCCUUAUGUUCCUGGUAUAUAAAAAUUUCCCACAACUUAGUGAAGAAGAAAGAGAAUGUAUAAAAGUUCCUAGAGAUAUGGAUGAUGCAAAGGCCUUGGGAAAAGUCCUGUCCAAAUACAAGGACACGUUUUACGUUCAAGUGUUAGUGGCUUAUUUUGCCACAUAUGUUUUGUAUCCUUUUUCUGUUACAAAAAGCAGUUUUGAUGCAGUCAU